AUGAGAAAGACUGAACUAGUUAUUCCAGCUAUAGAGACUGAACUAAUUAUACCAAUCACAUAGUCUGAACUAGUUCCUCCAGCUAUAGAGACUGAACUAGUUCCUCCAGCUAUAGAGACUGAACUAGUUUUCCAGCUAUAGAGACUGAACUAGUUUUCCAGCUAUAGAGACUGAACUAGUUCCUCCAGCUAUAGAGACUGAACUAGUUCCUCCAGCUAUAGAGACUGAACUAGUUCCUCCAGCUAUAGAGACUGUACUAGUUCCUCCAGCUAUAGAGACUGAACUAGUUCCUCCAGCUAUAGAGACUGAACUAGUUCCUCCAGCUAUAGAGACUGAACUAGUUCCUCCAGCUAUAGAGACUGAACUAGUUCUUCCAGCUAUAGAGACUGAACUAGUUCCUCCAGCUAUAGAGACUGAACUAGUUCCUCCAGCUAUAGAGACUGAAAUAGUUUUCCACUAA